GGGGAACCAGUAGCAUCUCCAUUCUCAAGAGCGGGCAGAGGGGAUGGAAUCUCUCUCCGUCCCGAGUGUGCAGGCCAUGGUGGCGGCGACCGGCGGAGUCGAUGUGCCGCCGAGGUAUCUCCGGCCAGAGGCGGUAGUGGAAGCGGUCGCUGGUGCCGGCGACGACGACGGGGAGGCUCAGAUCCCCAUCAUCGACCACCGGAGGCUGCUGCUGGAGCUGGACCGCCGCGGCGAGGAGUCCUCACGCCUCCACAGAGCCUGCCAGGACUGGGGCUUCUUCCAGUUGAUUAACCACAAUGUCCCGGACGACGUGGUGGAGGGAAUGAAGGCCAGCCUCCAAGAAUUCUUCCAGCUGCCCGCAGAGACCAAGAGACGAUUCGCGCAGCAGCAAGGGCGGCUGGAAGGCUACGGUCAGCUGUUCGUCGUCUCGGAGGAUCAGAAGCUCGACUGGGCCGACAUGCUCUUCCUCUACGCACAGCCACCCGAGAUCAGGAAGACCAAGCUCUGGCCUGACCAGCCCGCUACCUUCAGAGCGGCGCUGGAUAGAUAUUCCUGCGCUGUGAAGGAGGUAGCGGAUUCCCUCUUGGCGACGAUGUCGGAGAACUUGGGACUGAAGCGAGAGGUGAUUGCGGACAGGUGCAUCGGAGGGCUGCAGUCUAUCAGAAUGAACCUCUAUCCGCCGUGCGCUCAGGCAGACAAAGUCGUCGGCCUCUCCCCGCACUCGGACGCCGAUCUCCUGACCCUCGUCCUCCAAGUGAACCAUGUCCAAGGCCUGCAGAUCAAGAGGAACGGCAGCUGGUUUGCAGUCAAGCCUGUCGAGGGCGCUUUCGUCGUCAACGUUGGUGAUAUCUUCGAGAUCCUGACGAACGGGAGGUACCGGAGCAUCGAGCACCGCGUGGUGGUCGACCCCAAGGAGGAGCGGCUGUCGGUGGCGGCGUUCCACUCUCCAAACACGCGCGCCACGAUCGGCCCUCUGAAGGAGCUUGUGGCGCGUGCCGACGGGGAGGACGUGGCCUAUGCGACGGUGGAGCAUGAGAGGCUGAGGGAGCUCUUCUUCGCGACGAAGCUGGAGGGGAAGAGCUUCUUGGAGCGGAUGAAGCUCCCAAGUACUACUAGCUGAACUGAAUGGCGCCUGUCGCAGCAGGUAAUUAUACUAGCAAACCAAAGUCGUUGCUUCCGAAUUGUUUGCUGUUUUCAGCUUUUCCUGCAUGGAUAGAGAUGAAACAUUGUGGUGGAUGAUACCAUGCAUAUCCAAACAUAAGAAAGCAGGUGCUGGGCUGAUAAUUCGCAUUGCUAGGUAAGUAGAGUAGUAGGAUGCAUCUCAUCUAGUGUCUCCGAGGUUUCGGGCUUCACUAGCUGGCAUCAUUCUAUCGGUAGGUACGUACUCCUAGAUGUUGAGAAAUUCUAUGUGUAGCCUGUGUGUCUAUAUAUGAUGAAUUUGUGAGAGAAAGAAACAAGAGUCAA